CGUAUUCUGAUAGUUUUCGUAUAAAUAACGCGUAUUCUUUCGUUACAAACAUUGUCGAGUUUCUACACAAACAGUAAACAUGUACAAAGCUGUGCUUUCGGUCUGCGUUCUGGCGCUCACAAUCCAGUCCAUUGCUGGAGCAUGCAUUGGAAAUGGAUUGGGACCCUUUGGUGUUGCUGGUCCUCUUGGUCUAGCUGAACCUUUUGGUCUCGCUGGACCUUUUGGUCUCGGUGGACCUUUGGGUCUUGCUGAACCUUUCGGACUCGCUGAGCCUUGUGGUCUAGGCCCACUAGGUGCUCCUUACGGAGCAUACGGUGCUUACGGUCUCGGCUACGGCAUCGGCAACUACGCUGGACCUUUCCGUGCUGGUUACGGCGCUCUCAUCUAAUCUAACGUUUUACAAUUCUGACUCUCAAUCCUUUCAAAUGUAAUAACUAUUUCGAUUGGAUGAGUUUAACAUCAUCAAAUAGGAAUGACAUCAUACCUACAUAUGCAUCUUCAAUAAAAAAUAUUUAUGGCAA